UCAAGCAACAGUUUCACAUAGUUCCUCCGCCCACCAAGCCUUUUGAAAUCUUGCACAUUGACUUAUUCACAGUUGAUACAGAAAAAUACCUAACACUAGUUGAUGCUUUUUCUAAGUAUGCCCAGGCGUACCAUCUUCGCGAUGGCACUGCUAUUAGUGUAGUACAGGCUGUAUUAAAGUUUUGCACCCAUCAUGGAAUCCCUUCAAUUAUAGUAUCAGAUCGUGGCACUGAAUUUACAAACCAGCUUUUCUUAGAGUUCACUCGCGUUCAUAAGAUCCAGCAUCACAAGAUCCUAGCUCAUGCUCCAAACGAAAACGGAAUAGUAGAACGCUUCCACUCGACGUUGUUAGAGCACUUGCGAUUAUUAAAACUACAGCAUCGCAGCGAAUCGGUAGUAAAUCUUAUAUCUUAUGCGAUCUUAGCGUACAAUAGCUCGAUACACAGUUUAACUAAAUGUAGACCCUUAGAGGUUAUUACUGGUCACUUCGAUCCCCGCGACCCAAUAGAUAUCGAGUUAACAGAGCAUUUAUUGCAACAAUAUAUCAUAGAUCACCGCGCUAAGAUGAGCAAGGCUUAUGAGAUGAUACAAGAUUCAUCUCUACGCCUCCGUACUGAGAUCAUGGAGAAUCGUAAUAAAACUAGAGAGGCCGAAGAAACGUAUAAUCCCGAGCAAAACGUUUUUGUUAAAAACCCUAUGGCCAGUCGUCAGAAACUAGCACCGCGAUACACUCACGAUACUGUUUUAGCCGAUCUCCCUAUACAUAUUUACACUAAGAAAAAGCGUGGUCCCGUGGCUAAGUCUAGGUUAAAGAGAGUCCCUAAUAGUGCACGCUUGUUGCAGGAUAAUAAUGAUGAUCCUGCUCCGGGCAGCAGUCGCACAAGAGAUCCUACUUGACAGCUUAGAAGACAGUCCAGGCAUUCUCCCUUUCAAACUAGGUCCUACCAAAAUAAUAUCCCACUAUCAUUCCUUUCUCCAAUUUAUUGAUAUCGAUUACAUACAGUCUAAGGUAAAUUUAGUUAGAUCACAGUUAAAUGAUGUUCGACCUCAGUUAAAUAAUAACGGUCUUAUUCAUAAUCAUUUUUCACAUUUUAUCAAAUGCUUAUUAGAGGUUUAUAAAACGUUUGAUAAAAAUUGUUAUUCAUAAUCGUCAUUUAGCGCUAAAAUCCUCUUAUAACUGUGUGAUAAGUUAUCGAGAGCUCGGGCCUUGUUUAAAGCUCUAAUAAACCUAUUUUAACCUAACUUUUAUAAAUGUCAUUUCAUAUGAAUGUCACUUCGUUGGUUUAUUUAUUCAAAAUAUCCUUGCUGUGAUCCUUGCUUGUGAAAAUGAAUGCUAUAAAUGCAAUUGUGCAUUUAGCCAAUAAUGCCGACCCAGCGCGACGUAGAAAGCUCUACCGCCAACGAAGCAACCCAUUCGAUUUGCGGGACCUAAAUUUUAAAAUAAAAUAUAGGUUCAAUAAGGACACAGUGCGCACCAUCAUAGAUUUGGUGGAAGAUGAUCUGGUUCAGAGCGCUAGAGGUGGUGGCACGUGUCCUGAACUGCAAGUUUUAGUGGCCAUAAGAUGUUGGGGACGUCGUGAGGUACAAGAUGAUGCUGGUGACCUCCAUGGCCUAAGUCAGCCGACAGUGAGCCGGAUAUGCGCCAGAGUCGCGCAUGCAAUCGCGAAUAAGGCAAAUUCCUUCAUCAAAAUGCCUAUCACUAUAGGAGAGCAGGAAAGAAUUAGUGCCAAAUUUAGAGCAAUUAAAAAUUUUCCUGGGGUGAUAGGAGCCAUAGAUUGCACCCACAUUAAAAUUAAAAAAACCGGAGGUGACAUGGCCCAGUACUAUAUUAAUAGAAAAGGCUAUUAUUCCCUGAAUGUUCAGGUUGUCUGUGAUGCUGACCUCAAAAUAAUGGAUAUAGUGGCUAGAUGGCGAGGCAGUACACAUGACAGUCGAAUUUUUAUGGAGAGCAAUAUAAAACAACGAUUUGAGGAUAGGCAGUUUAGAGGACGCCUUAUUGGCGAUUCGGGCUACCCUCUUCUGCCAUAUCUAUUUACACCUAUUUUAAGGCCUAGUCGUCCAGAAGAAGAAGCAUACAAUAAUGCUCACAUCUCAACUAGGAACACUGUUGAAAGGUGUUUUGGGGUGUGGAAGCAGCGGUUCCAAUGCCUACUCCAUGGCUUACCAGUAAGCCUCCAAAAUGGAAAAGCUGUGAUCAUAGCAUUGGCUGUAUUACAUAAUAUAGCCAUUGAUAUGAAUGACACAUUGUUAGAACAACAUAUGGAGCAGGUCCCUGUAACUCCGCAACUUUCGACGGAGAACAGUGUUCACGACAACCGACCUUCAUUGUUGAGGCGUAGGUCGCAGUUGAUACUACAAAAUUUUAUAAAUCAACAUUUUUGAAUGAUACUGUUCCUGGCAUCUUAAUGAAAAUAAAAAGAAUAUUUGAUUGAAAAA